GUAGCCCUGAUUAUCACACUAGAACUAGAAGACUACACACCAGUCCUAGUCGUCCUAGAUCUAGAUCUAGGCUAUGUUGAAACAGUUCGAGCCAAUUUAGUUUUCCUUUCAAUGGGCUCAUUGAGGAGUGUAUAAUUUUGCGGGAAACUUGUAAACUUAGCUGGCAACAAUUCUCUUUCGAGCAUGGCUAAGUCCUUCAUCCGUAUAGAUGAUAAUGACCAUGGAUAUGCUUUGGCUCAGUUCUGCAUUCCAAAGCAUUAUGAAGAAGAUCUUGACCAUGUUCUUAUUCCAGCUGGUCUAAUAAAUGACAGGACUGAACGUAUAGCUCGGGAUAUAGUGGAAGAUUUUGGACAUGAACCUAUUGUAGGACUGUGUGUUCUCAAAGGUGGCUACAAAUUUUUUACAGAUUUGGUGGAUAAAAUCCAAAUUUUGAACAGAAACAGUAGACAAUCUGUGCAACUUGCUGUUGAUUUUAUUCGACUGAAAAGCUAUGUUAAAUCUGAUUUCAUUUCUUCAUCCAGUGCUAAUGUUUCAUCAACUGAAACUUCUUUGAAUGAUUCUUCAACAGGCUCCAUUGAAGUUAUAGGUGGAGACAAUUUAGAAAAUCUUAAAGGAAAGAAUGUGCUGGUUGUUGAAGAUAUUAUAGAUACAGGGAGGACUAUGAAACAGCUUUUAGAACUGUUGGAAUCCGUGGGACCUAAAAGUGUCAAAGUUGCCAGUUUGUUAGUCAAAAGAACUAAAGAUAACGUUGGCUAUAGACCUGAUUAUAUUGGCUUUGAGGUUCCCAAUCUGUUUGUUGUUGGGUAUGCACUUGAUUUCAAUGAAUAUUUCAGAGACCUGACACACAUAUGUGUCAUCAAUGAGAAUGGCAAGAAGAAAUAUUCAACUAAAUCAUAAUGUGCUCUGUUACAACCAACAUGGCUCCCAGUUCUGUAGACCCAAUUUAGUUGUAUCCAAUGCAGUGGGUAAUUGUAGCCAUAUGAUCAUCAAAUAUGUAAACAAUUGAAACAUGAACAGAAAAUUAGAUAUUGUUAAUUUUAUUAUUUUUUUGUUUGUGUUCAUCUGUUUUGGGGCAUUUUUAUUUUUAAGUUUUUUGUUUUACCAUAUUUGACUUAAAACUAUUACUUUGCUUCUUGGAUUUUCUUUCCCAUUAGUUUUUCAACCAAAGUAACAAAGUUGCAUUUUUGUUUACUGCACAGAUAUAUCUGUAAUGUUUGAAGAAGCUAAUGUUUUUUUCACUCCGUUGUGUUUCUUAAUGACACAUUUUGUCAAACUUACUAGAAAGAACAUUUACAGUGCUUGAUUUUCAAGCUUGUAAUAUAAAAAGAAAAAGAUUUUGGUGUGCCAUUGUUGUUUAAUUUAUCUUGGUGUAUUUAAAGAGAUGAAGAUUUGUUUGUUAAUUUAUCCUUGCAUAUCUUAUAGAGCUGAGGAUUUAGCUGUGAAAGAUUUGGAGGAGGUUUUUUAUACUAUUUUAUUUGACCCGGUUUUGUGUGUGUUUUGUCCUCAAUGACAAGUGUGAUAUAACAAAAUGAUUUACUGGCUUGUUCAUUUUCUUCAAGAAAUUGUUAUAACCUUUUUUUUACAAAGCUUAUAUCUACUCACUCCAUCUGGCUGGUAAAAAGUUUGAACACAUUAUUUCUUCCACACCCAUUCUUGUAUCAAGUUGAAACUUCAAACAAUUAUUUAUUGAACUUAACAAAAUAUGAAUCAAUAAACCAAUUAUUCAAUUUAUUAUUAGUAUUUAAUUAUUUUGUUUGAUAUUGAAGAAGGAAAAUAAGUCGUACUCUAUUAAUGAGAGAUGUAGUUGUAAAUGUGUUUUUCCUCUUAGAUGAGCUUUGUUUUGUUUUAUUUUUUUAUUAUUUUUAUUUUUCUUGUUUUAGAAUUUUUGGGGACAUUUUUUUGUUUGUCUCAGAACAAAAGAUAUAGUCAGCAAACAACUUAUUUUAAAAAGAUAUUAAGCAAAUGUUGAUUUUAUGUAUUUUUUUUUUAGACAAAUUUUUAUCCAUCUGUCCAUGUUAGAUAUAUUGCACUUAUAUAUAUAUAAUUAUUUAGGUGUUACAUGUGAAAGGUUAUAAACUAGCAAGUUUCUGAGCCCACUGAUCUAUGCUUUGCAUUAGACACCAGAAAUAUUGUAAGCACUUGCAGGUUGUACACAAACACUCACUUCCAUUGGUUGACAACACACCUAUAAAUGUUGUGAUACAAUUGUCUCAUGAUAAUAGGUCUUGACUAGCCAUUGUACAUGAACCUAGUAACAUAAUCACACACCUAAGUCUGCUCACACCAUUGAUUUGUUGAUGUUUUUACACUCCUUGUAGAUGUGGCAUUAAAACUUCUAUUGACUCUUCUUGCUCUUCCACCAUCACUCCAGGGCCUAGCAUUGUUUUCAUUUAGUAGUGUGACUAAGUAAACUUCUUGUGUAGACUGUGCUUGAUAAAUGUAUAGUUGUUUUUUUUUGUUUGUUUUUUUUUAACUUUUGAGUUGUUUCAUUAAAUUAUUUUAAAAUGUCAUCUGCAUAAUGCAAAAGAAAAAAUCAGGGUUUAUUUGUUUUUUAACUCAUUUUUUAUGUUCCUCAAAGUUUUUAAUUAGUUUUCAUCACAUAAUUUAGAGCAUGUAUCAAAGAAAGAGAUAUUAUGGUGAUAGCUGACCUAAGUUGAAUGAAUUGUAAUCUAUACUUUCCUCAGUUUAUUGAUACUAUGCAUUUGACAUUUUACCAGAAUUUAUUUACUUUUUAUUAGGAAUAAACUUUUUUUUUUGACAAAAGUU